UUUGCCUCCUGAGCGAGACGCGUUGUGUGAUUGGGCUCUAGGCGCCGCUUUCGGAGCCAAUCAGAGGUGCAUCGGGCGGCGGAGAGGACGAUUUGUGUUCUGGGCUCAUAACUACACUCAUAAAACCAGCAGUCAAACCACAAAUAUGGAGCAAUAUACUACCACCACAACAACUAGUGGAGAGCAGAUAGUAGUGCAGACCAGCAGCGGACAGCUUCAACAACAGGGCACAGUGACUGCGGUCCAGUUGCAGACUGAGCCUCAGGUAGGCCAGACUGCAGCCCAGCAGGUCCUACAGGUAGUCCAAGGUCAGCAGCUGAUGGUACAAGUCAGUGGGGGUCAGCUCAUUACCUCCUCUGGGCAGCCCAUAAUGGUACAGGCCAUGACAGGAGGGCAGGGUCAAACCUUCAUGCAGGUACCUGUAACUGGGACACAAGGGCUGCAGCAGAUUCAGUUGUUACAGCCAGGACAGAUCCAGCUACCAGGUGGACAGACUAUACAACUACAGAGUCAGCAAGGACAGACCCAACAGAUCAUCAUCCAACAGCCACAGACUGCAGUCACGGCAGGACAGAACCAGGGUCAUCAGCAGAUCACUUUACAGGGACAGCAAUUGGCUCAAACAGCAGAAGGACAGACUAUCGUUUACCAGCCAGUAAAUGCUGAUGGAACCAUCCUGCAGCAGGGAAUGAUCACGAUUCCAGCUUCCUCUUUAGCAGGAGCCCAGUUAGUCUCAGCUGGAUCCAACACAAACACAACUAACACUGGUCAGGGCACAGUGACAGUCACUCUCCCCAUGGCAGGAAACAUGGUCAAUGCUGGAGGAAUGGUCAUGAUGGUCCCAGGUAGUGGAGCGUCAGGUCCUGCCAUGCAGCGUAUCCCUCUUCCUGGUGCAGAGAUGCUGGAGGAGGAGCCUUUGUACGUCAAUGCUAAACAAUAUCACAGAAUCCUCAAGAGGAGACAAGCCCGUGCGAAACUAGAGGCAGAGGGCAAGAUACCCAAAGAGAGAAGAAAAUACCUUCAUGAGUCCCGUCAUCGUCACGCCAUGGCCAGGAAACGUGGGGAUGGUGGGCGCUUCUUCUCUCCAAAGGAAAAGGAGGAAAUGGCUAUGCAGGCCUUUAAGGUGAGCGAGGGACUCGAGCUCAGCUCUCAUUGGCCAGCCACCUCUGCCCCGCCCCUGGGGUAACCUAGUGACAGGUUUUUCAUCCAAUUCCAGCCUGUAACUCCGAGAGACUGAAAUCACUUAAUUUAAUUUACACCCAUCCAUACACUGGCUCUGUGUCCAAGCUACCUCAUGUGUCUGUUCCAUACUCAUGGUUGAACUGUGUCUGUAUGUGAUUUUAUUGACCUUUCCAACAAAUUACACUGAAAAUACAUACAUAUUUUAGUAUAUAUGUUCUCAUCUGUGAUAUACACAAAUACAUUAUAAAAGUCAGUCCCCAUGUUUGUAACUGCAAUGCUGCCUUUUUAAUUAUUAUUACUAAGGUAUAGUUUGAUGUUUUGGUUAUUUUACUACUUGCACAGAGCCCAUAAUUAUCUUUGUAUGCAACUUAAAGGUAUAGUCCAUUUAUUCAAAAUGAAAUUUCUGUCAUCAUUUACUCACCCUUAUGUUGUUCCAAACCCUGCUGACUUAAAAGUUAGGCAUUCACUGUCAUUCAACGAAAGUGAAUGGUAACUGAGGCUGUCAUUCUGCUUAACAUCUCCCUUUGUAUUGUAUGGAAGAAAGUCAUAAAAGUUUGGAGCAGCAUGAGUGUGAGUAAAUGAUGAAAGAAUUUUGUUUUUGGAUGAACUUGCCCAUAAAAGAUAAAACUCAUGUUGUACCACUGCUAAAUAUCUAGAAAUUUAAAGAAAUGCCCCCCACCCCCUCAAAAACAAAUCUGAUGUAAAUAUUGGUGAUUAACAUUGUGAGGGUAAAAUUUGUUCAAGAUUUAUUUUCUAAAAUGUGUGAUUGCUACUUUGGCUUUUUUGUUCUGUCUGUGUUUCUUCUGUUUGUCCUACCAUGCUGUAUAUUUCUAGCCAAACUGCUUUUGUUACUCACUGGAUGCUGAGAUGUAUUAAGCUUUGUGUUUGUUUGUCCUCUUUAGUCUUACUCAAGUGAAUUUCCAGUCAAAAUAUAUAUAGGCUUCUGAGAUUUGUUUUCAUUUGUGAUUUAUGGCUUUGCUUUAACCCUUCAAUGCUCUUCUGUCGUUGCCCAGAGCUGUUACUUUGUUACUGCUUCUACCAUUUUUUGUUUCUUCUAUAGCAGGCUGUAUGUGGGCUCUUGUUUACUUUUACAUUGCAUUUAUUUUUAUUUCUUGGUGAGAUAUGCCCUUUUUAUGCAAAUAAACCAUUGUUCUC